UAACAAACUCAUUCACUUAGUUUACCCUCCCCUUCUUCUAGCAAAUCUCACCCCAGUCAGAGACAGAGGGUUAUGCUUUGCAUUUGGACGCAAACAUCAUCUGUUACUGCAACGCUGGAAGAGGGGCCGAGGACGGAGCUUAGUAAGUUGAAUAGGAGGAAUGGCGGCUGCUGUCUUCUGCAGGAGUUCCUUGAGGGGGUUGACAGCGUCGCUCAGUUCGCGGACGGCAGCAGCGUUCGCUCCCGCCUUGUCAUCCAGGGCUGCAUCUGUUGCAAGAAGAUGUUGGAUUGAUGACCAGCUAUCAAGGCGGAGACGGCGAGUUGCGGGCUCGACAAGGAGGUUCAGCAGUGAUGUGCAUGUUGGACGGACAGGGCGGGAGCCGCCCUCGUUUGCGUUUGCCUUUGAUAUCGAUGGCGUGCUGCUUCACGUCGCUAAGCCGAUCCCUGGUGCCCCUGAGGUCCUGAAGUUCCUGGACGACAACAACAUCCCCUUCAUCCUGCUCACAAACGGAGGCGGCAAGCAUGAGACGGAACGCGUCAAGGACCUCGGGGAUAAGCUCGGCGUGCAACUAUCGACCGACAACUUUGUCCAGUCCCACACGCCCUUCCGUGAGUUGUUGGAGGGCCCAGACAACUUGCGGGACAAGACAGUUCUGGUGACCGGGUCCGACUAUGAAAAGUGUCGGGCCAUUUUCCACGAAUACGGCUUCAAGAACGUCAUCACCCCAGCCGACAUCUAUUCUGCCGACCCGACCAUCUUCCCCUUCCAAUCCCCCAAAUCCUACACCACCCCCUCCCAACCCCUCCCCAGACCGCUCUACAACGAAACCGCCCACCCCAUCUCCACCACAACCACCGCCUCCACCUUCCAUUCCCACCUCAAAGUCGACGCCAUCUUCGUCCUCAACGACCCGCGCGACUGGGCCCUCGACAUCCAAGUCAUCACCGACCUGCUGCUCUCGCACGCUGGGUACGCGGGGACCUACUCCCCGCUUAACAACAACCCCUCCGUACCCAACUUCGGCUGGCAGCGCGACGGGCAGCCGCCGCUAUACUUCAGCAACGCAGACCUCUUCUGGAGCGCGGGCUACCACCUGCCGCGGUUCGGGCAGGGCGCGUUCCAGGCCGCGCUGGCGGGGAUCUGGAGGCGGAUCACGGGUGGGAGGGCCGAGUUGGAGAGGGUUUGUAUUGGGAAACCUUAUGGCGAGACAUAUCGGUUCGCGGAACGGUUGCUGGGGAAGCAUCGGAGGGAGGUGUUGAGGGAGAUUAUUCGCAUGGGGCAUCAUCAGGCGGGGAAGGAGGAGGAGGAUUUGGGGCCGGGACCGGUCGGGCCGCUCAGGACGGUGUACAUGGUUGGGGAUAACCCGGAGAGUGACAUCGCGGGCGCGAAUCGGCAUAUUAGUGAGGGUGGAACCGAGUGGGUGUCGGUGUUGGUCAGGACGGGCGUGUGGAGCGAGGCGAGGGGUGGGAGGUUGGAGGGCGAGUUUACGCCGAGGGAGGUGGUGGAUGAUGUGGCGGCUGCGGUGAAGUGGGCUUUGAAGAGGGAGGGGUGGGCUCAAGGGGAGGGAGGUAGGAGUUAGGAGAGUUGCGGUUGUGUGCUCGGGUCUUGUUCUGACUUUGGAUCUUGGCGUGUACAGUUUGAGGGUGGAAUGUGUAUACAGAAGGAUGAUCAUAGACUUUCUACUGUGUGGAGCAAAUUCCUUUGGGGGAUCCGUCCGUUUCCGGCCCCAAGGGAUCUGAUUCUUACCAGCCCAUCCACGCCGCGUCAACAGCUCACUAAAAAAAUGAUCGGAGAAACUUUAG